UGUAAAAACUUUCCCUAAUUUUUUCGUCUGCACCAUUUUCGUCGGAACCUCCGAACUCGGUCUUAUCCCGGUGCGUCUGCUCAUCGAUGGCGACUCUUGACACAGACAUCAACAUGGUUCCCGUCGGCGAGGGGUCGAGCAGCGCAGGGCCGUCGUCAUCAAGGAAGCCGAAGCGGUUCGAGAUCAAGAAAUGGAAUGCCGUCGCUCUCUGGGCCUGGGAUAUUGUGGUUGAUAACUGUGCAAUUUGCCGAAACCACAUCAUGGAUCUAUGCAUUGAAUGUCAGGCCAAUCAAGCAAGUGCCACGAGUGAAGAGUGCACUGUGGCUUGGGGAGUGUGCAAUCAUGCAUUCCAUUUUCACUGCAUCAGUCGGUGGCUCAAAACCCGUCAAGUUUGCCCACUUGACAACAGUGAAUGGGAGUUCCAAAAAUAUGGUCAUUAGAACUGAGACGUGUCCUCCAGAUUGGGAGCGGCUGCUGUGCUUUACGUUCUUUCUAUUGUAGUUUUUUCUUCUUCUGUUUUUUUAAUUCAUUUCAACACAAUCAGUGAUAUUCUGUAUUGGCCAUUCUGUUAUCGUUGCUUGUGCUGUUUGGCAUAGGACUACUUGGCUGCAACUUUGUGCUGUCAGCUUAUACUCUUCCAACAUAAUUUUAGUUUGAACCUGUAUUGCUUCCAGAACAGGUAAGAAAGCUAAAUAGAAUAUAAUUUAAUUAUAUCUGCAAAA